AUGCAGCCCCUCUGCACUGUUUACUUUUUCCAACACCUUUCGCGGUCGAAAUCCUGCCAGACGCGUCUAUACCCUGAAGAUCUGUCUCUAUCUAUAAUUCAACGGCAUUUCAUGUCACAGAUAGAGGCGUCAUAUCCUGACGACGAGGACCCAAUCGCUGACGGGUCUCUGGUUCGCGAUCACCUCAACGGCAGCGGGACUGUGCGAUGUAAUAAUCUCUCCUGCCCAAAGAUGAAGGGCAAAAAGGCGUAUCGCCUUCGUGUAUGUGAAAAUGCUCUAGUGUCAAGGGGCAUUCUACUGCUCGCGAGAGUGUCAAAAGGAAGAUUGGCCUAA